CAAACCAAAUAAGACUAUCUACAAUGGCAGGAUUAUUAAGGCUUAGAAUGCUUCCGCUAGUUUUUGUUGUGGUAUUAUCUUGGGUGCUUUCUCCGUUUGCAGCUGCACUGAGCUCAGAUUACUAUGAUCACACAUGCCCGAAGGCCGAGUCAAUCAUCACCAAAGUAGUGAAGAAAGCCAUGAUGAAUGACAAGACGGUCCCAGCUGCCCUGCUUCGGAUGCACUUCCAUGACUGCUUUAUUAGAGGAUGUGAUGGUUCUGUGCUGCUAAAUUCGACUGCCAUGAACGCGGCUGAAAAAGACGGACCUCCAAAUAUUUCACUGCACGCAUUCUAUGUCAUUGACCUUGCUAAAAAAGAAGUAGAAUCCCAGUGCCCUGGUGUGGUCUCUUGUGCUGACAUACUGGCCUUGGCUGCUAGAGAUGCAGCUGCACUAUCCGGAGGGCCUUCUUGGAAUGUGCCUAAAGGAAGGAAAGAUGGCAGAAUUUCGAAGGCCAGUGAAACUCGACAACUGCCUGCUCCUACCUUUAACCUAUCUCAAUUGCAGCAAAGUUUCUUUCAGAGAGGCCUAGCACUGGAAGAUUUAGUGGCCCUUUCAGGAGGCCACACCCUAGGUUUUUCUCAUUGCUCAUCCUUCCAGAACAGGAUCCACAACUUUGACACCGCUCACGAUGUAGAUCCCUCCUUGCAACCAUCAUUUGCAGCCAGGUUGAGGAAUGUCUGCCCCAUGCACAACAAGGUCAGGAGUGCGGGUGCCACCCUGGAUUCCUCGGUAACCGCGUUCGACAACAUAUAUUUCAAGUUACUCGUUCUAGGCAAGAGUAUUUUCUCUUCAGAUGAAGCCUUAUUGACAGCUACAACUACAAAAACAUUGGUCUCAAAGUUCGCUAACUCCCAGGAAGAGUUUUAUACAGCCUUUGUCAAGUCUAUGAUCAAGAUGAGUAGCAUAAGCAGUGGAGGUGGACAAGAGAUUAGGUUGAAUUGUAGAGUUGUUAAUUAGGUACUUUCUUCAACGCCGACUCAUCAUGUCAGCAAAUCUUUGACUCGCCGUUUUAGUUUGUUUUCCCGGGGGUGGGUUCUGUAAAUUUUAUAUUGAUCUGUCUCCGAAGAAAGGUACAAGAAGAGCAUAUGUGUAACCGAGGCCAGUCUGUGUUCGUAGGCUUCAUUCUUAUUCCAAUGUUCCCGAUUGUUUCACAAUAUAAAUUAAGAAAGCCUAAUUGGCUAA